AUGUCGAGUUCCUUAGAAAGUUAAGUAUUAUUUGUAUUAUGGGCUUUAUAUCAAGAAAAUUAAAUCUCAAUGGAAUAAAAAGGAUAUAUCAAAGAAGAUUUAUUAAUCAGAAGAGAUUAGAAUUUUUACUCUGCUAUAAGUAAUUGUUAAAAAUUAGAUCAAUUAGAAGAAAAGCUACUCGAUAUUUUGAAUUGUAUAGAUCUUUAAAUUUUAGAAAUAGAUGCUGAAGAAACUAUUUGUCCAAUUAUUCGAUUAAGUAACCCAUCGAACACUCCAACAACUAUUAAAUCAUUUUAAAACAAUCCUUAAAAGAGAUUUAAGUUUAUGAGUUCAAGUAAUGAAAGCGAAAUGGCCUAAGACAACUAAAAAGUCAGAUCAAACUCAUUCCAUCAUUAAUGA